AGUGUGCAUCCCAGAGCAGCAGCCCACAGAGAGACCUCGAGAAGCCACGGCCUGACGACUGGCCCUGAACACCAAAGGCUGAAGAGAGACAGCUGCCUGGGGGAACGCCAGCAUCCCCAGAGCGCAACUCCUUGUCUCCACCAGAGAAGCUUUGACGCAAUCCACUGCCUUCUCAGGGGACUCUGUGAAUUGGGGUUUUGGGGUGAAGUGUCUGGAAGGCCUUCUGGGACCCAGGAUGAACUGCAGGGCAGGCUGAAAGAUGACAGGCCAGACAUGGGACUGGAGGGGGCCAGGAAACAUCUGGCUUGUUGUUUCAGACUUUCAGUUCACAAAAUCUCCCUGGAAAACUCACACCUUGCCUUGUACCAAGUUUUCAAGACAGUAAAUCUCUGCCCAUCCUCGACUCCAUUUUUCUUGAGUAGAAAACCAUUUACAUCAUCAGCUCCUCGCACCUACUCCCUCACUCCCCUAACAGUUGAGAUUUUCGGGGCUGCUCUCUUUUGCCUGCAGACAGCCUGAACAGCGGGAGAGGCCCCCUCAGCAAACUCCCCUGGGUUCUCUCGGCUCUCGCAGGCAGGACAGCCCACGUGACGAGGGGACACGCAUGCAUGUGUGCACACACACGCUGCUCACACAUGCACACGAGCACUGAGGUCAGGCUGCUGCCCGGGUUAGAAGUCUUGCUUCCCCACCCACCAGUUCUGUGAUCUUGGACAAGGGACUGGAUCUCCUUGUGCCUCAGUUUCUUCUAGAAAAUGGAAAAGAUAGCAUUGCUCCUAGCUCCUCAGAGUCAUCAUGGGGAGAAGAGGAGACACCGCCAUAAUCCCUAUCCGUGUCCAGUUCAGUGGGAUGGAUUGAACGCAUAUUCCACAAGCACACACACACGCACCUGCUAACAGAGCCACAUCAAUGACACGCAGACACACCCCAGAGCUUUAUAAUUCCCUGAGGGGUCUGGAAAUUUAGAAAUCAUCCCCGUGCCCUUUAAGGGACUGUAACCCUCGCAUUUCUCUGCUUUCCCAAGGAUGUGAAUCUUCCCAACCCAUCUGUCCUUGAGACACACACCCCGCAAGCCCACAUGUUGAGGGAGACAUGUGACUGCCCCGUGAAGAGCCUCGUGCAAGGCUCUGAGGCAGGAGGAAGGGGUGGCAGGUACAGGAGACAGUGUAGUCCUGGUCACCACCUGGAGAAAGGAUGGCCCUGACUGAGCACGUGACCCAUGUCUGUCUCCGUGGGGAGGCCACGAGCUCCAUGCAGACGAAGGUUGUUGGGUGCUGUGUUUGGGAACGCAGUCACAGACUGUCACAGGCCUGGGUGGAGGAUGGAUGGACAGACAGGUGGGCAGAGGUGACUGAAGCUGAACCAGGCUUCCCAGGCCAGGCAGGGGCAGGGCCAAGGGCUGUAGUGGUAGAAGCCAGUUGGCCAGCUAGGUGGGGAAGUUAGGAAGCUACCGGCCAACAGUGAGUGCAGGUGAGCAGCUCUGCCUCCUCUGGGCCACGCGGGGGAGCAGCCCAGACCCUCUGGCUGGGGCGGAACAAGGCUGGUGUUUCCUCUUGGCUCUUGACCCUCGGUUAGCCCAAACUCAAGCAGAACCCCGAGUGCUGGGGUUCUGGGUGGUGACUGCUGAGAAAGUGUGACUAAUUCAUCAGGGCUCCAUGUCACCGAGAGACAGCACUGAGCCAGCACACAUAGGGGAGAGGAACCUCCGGGAGCCCCUCGGAGAGGUUGGCUGUGUGGAGUCCAGGCUUGUUGCCCAAAGUCUUCACAGGGUCUCCUCCCCGCCCCUGAGCCCUGGGCAGUGAGAUCAGCCCAGGCAGAUCCUGCCACAAAUACAUGCGGGCGACACCCACCCCACUCCGCCAACACCCCAGCCACCCAGACCAGAGCUGCCUGUUAGAUACCCCGCGCAGACACAGGCAGCUAGACUAUCACUCAGUGGAGUCAUCUGCAUCUUCAGAGGAAGGACUGGGGAGGACAGUGCUUAACCUGAAGGAGUGAGCCUCACAGGAGGGGGCGUUCGGGUUUCCCAGCAGGCCGGAAGAAAUACCCCCUCUCUCCAAUGGAAGGUCACUUUGUGAAUGUGCAAAGCAAGACUUAGUCGAGGGGCUGCUUCCAGGCCCCCAGGCAUCUAAGUGGUGCUGAGACAGGAGCUAAGACUUGACUCUCCAUAACUACCCACCAGGCAGUGCAGAAGCUGCGGUCAGCAAAGAUUCCCAGAAGGGAGUCGGUCCUGUGCCCUGUGGAGAGUUCGUCAUCACCUCCACCUCCCCCUGCGACCGACUGCAAGCCUGGACACCUGCUGUCACUCUGUCGCUGUCUGAGCCACUUCUCAAGCUCUGCUGUGUCUUUGGCUUCCACCCACCACAGCAGGUGGUGGCUGGUGUUUCCAGGGAUCCAUGAGGUCGGCUGGUCCUUUCUGGCUCCUGUGCUGUGGCAGGUCUACCUGACUCCAGCCACUCAUGGCCACACUCGAAACCCAUCCAAGACUCGGGGGGAGGUGUAAACAAACCCCACUCCUCACCUUUAGAGGAGAUGCCGAAUUUAAUGAGCUCUGUUCACGUUGCAGCGUUGCGAUUCCUCUUACCUUUAACGUGAACUCGCAGGCGGAUUAAAGUGAAAUAAAACCUCCCAUUUGAGUUACAUUCUCAGCUGAUUGGAAACAUGCAUUACCUCCCCAUGACCGGGCUGUGAGAAGGGAAGUUAUUAUCUUUCUUUAGAGUUUGUAAACUCUUUAUGGCUGAGGCAGCUUUAAUCCUGCUGGGGAAAAAAAUGAUCCGGGAAUAAAUUGCUCCCAUUUACCUUUGUUUUCCAAUCACACGCUCCAGUGGGAACAAAACGUCCUAAGUGAGGGGAUGUGGGGAGCCAGGUGAUCCUUGACAGAAGAGUUUAAUUAUUUUCUUCUUUAGGCACGUGAGUUGAAAGUGCUUUAAAGCACCAUUGGUGAGGGGGCUUGUUCCACAGAAAUGUGCCCUCCAGCGGGAAUGCCGGUAACCCGGGGUUGGUGUGGUUCCGAUGCCUUUUCUUCCAGGGGGAAAUGGCCUCCAUUCUCCCACUGAGCCCGCUUCUUUGCAGCAAAGUGCCCAGCUCCAGACAUUUGGGAAUGACCAGGAAGGAGUCCAAGAAAGGGCAGAUUUGAAUCAAAAUUAAAUCAGUCCAGGAAAGAGAGACUCAGGCAGGCCAGGGCCCGGGAGGAGACACCAUGCUUUCUUUCCUUCCUGUUAGUCCUUGGGUCCUCUCUGUGUGUCCUCUAGUGGCACAGUGUGUACAUGUUGCAGGUCCCCAGCAAAGCCAUCGGGUCGGGCCAGGCCGGGCUCUGAGCCAUGCACCCUAACUGCUGGAAGGAGGCCUGACUAAGAUGUUUUUCCUUGCAUGAUCCUGAGGCUGGACGUUAGGUUGGGAGUCUCCAGAAUGAAGCAGGGGCAGGGACCUUCGGAAACAGCUCAGCCAGGCCACCAGACGUGGGCCUUCCAUGACGGCUGCUCUGCAGGGUUGGGCUAGCAUGACGUCAUGCUUCCAGAGCUUGCUGCAGAUGGGUUAGGAAAAUAGACCCUGCGAAGCCACCUUGUUUAUGGGCUGUGUCAUUCAGGAUCUUGUCAGGAAAAUGAAAGCCACUAUAAAGAUUCCAAAAUUUUAAUUCUGGGAAUUGGGCACACAAGGAUGGGCUCACUGAAAAGACAAAUGUGUAAUUCAGAGACGAACAUGAGCAGGAAUCUGUGACCACUGCUGGCUACCGCCAUAAGGGCAGGAGGGGUGACCAGAGAGUGGGCUCUGUUCUGCACAUGGUAGAACUACCGUGAAGGCCCCUGUGGAGGCUGGGCCCUCAAAGGGGGAGGCUGGCCCUGGGGACCUGGAACCUCAGCGGAGAGCAAGCUACUGCCAACAGCUGACUUGGGCGGCUCCACCAAGAGGGAGAAAUAUUCCAGCUUCUCUCCUUUCCCUGCCUCCAGUCUCCUACCAGCUCCCACUGGCUGGAGCCAGCCAUGAGCAAGCGGAGGGAGCCUGAGAAAGGCAGCCUGCAGGCGUGGUUGUCCCUGCAGUACGGAGCAGAGGAGGGGAAGGGAGAGCUGGAGAUCCGGGGAUUGUCAAUGACCCUCAGCCUUGCCUGGGGCCCUAAGGUGACCACCGCACAGGGAGAGGACAGAGAGGGGGGCCACAGUGCUGAGGACCCCACCGCUAGGGACUCCUAAAGGCAACAGACAAACAUCACUUUAACCUCUGCGACCUUUGGCAUCUGUAAGAAAGGAGCGGGGAGGGAAAAACGUCAAGCACUGUACAGCAAAGGCUCAGGGAAGAGCCAUCCCCACUGGGAUGCUCCACUUUGAGCACACACUGCCCUGAGCAGCUGAGGCAGCACAGAGCCCCGUGUCCUCAGGAGACCAGCAGGUCAAAUCCCCACUGCCCCACAGUGACUGACCCUGGGAGUUUCUUUCAUCUCCAAGCCAUGCUUUUUGUUUUUCAUCAUUUUAUUUAUUUACUUAUUUAUUUUCUUCUGUGAGCAAGACACACACACAGAGCUUCAGAGAGACAGAACCCCCAACGGUGUCGAUGCCAUGACCCACUGCCGCCCUCCUCAGCCAGCACCGGAUCUUAGGCAUUGGUGUUCCCAGCACAGAUCCAGGGAGGUUCCGUGAGGCUCCGUGAACCCAGAGCCUUCCAGGUGGAUCAGAGCCAUCCAGGCUCCCAAGCUACCUCUUCCUCAUCUACAAAGUGGAGACACUGUUAGGAGCUAUCUCACCUCUGCGAAGACUGGGAACACAGCAGACAAAGGACUUUGCACAGGCCCCUUACACACGCUCAGUGCAGCAGAGCUGUGUGUGUGGCAGAGGCUGCCUCGGACAUCUCAGUAAGCAGUCAGCAACACGCAGUGGGUCCUCAGGCAAGGGCCAUUGACUGGGGGCCAGCAGGCAGUGUGGUGGUUAAGGCACUGGACUCCCACAUGGCUGACCACAGUUCAAGUCCUGGACCUGGUGCCUUGUUUUCUCUCUUGUGAACGC